CAAGAAUAUUCAGUCCAUUACUGGCAGUUUCAUUUAAGGUAACUUCAAAGAACAUAUACUCUAAGAUGCCAGAUAGGCCAUUUCAUAGAGGAUUGACAUGCAAGCUAAUUAAAGUUACUGUAUCCCGUGAUUCGUAGGUGCGACUUGGAACCAGGAACCUUGUCGGCUUAGUGACCCCACCAUUGAGCUCGACUCAUCGAAGCGAAGACUUGAAGUUGACUGAACUCACCAUCUCACGACUCAACUCACUCGACCACUAGCUCACUCACAACUCAAGACCGAAACACACCAAUUAGGGCAAGAAUCCCACAAUGUUUACCGGCAUAGUCGAGGAGAUAGGCGUCGUCGCCGAGCUCAACCCCUCCGACGCCACAGGCGGCACUUCCCUAACCAUCACCCUCCCUCCCGACUCCACGCUGCUCUCAGACGCACACUUGGGCGACUCGAUCGCCAUCAACGGGGUCUGCCUGACAGUAACCUCCUUCAACAACACAUCAUCAUCAACCCCCGCGUCGGCCCCACAAUUCACAGUGGGCAUCGCCCCUGAGACGCUGCGGCUGACCAACUUGGGCUCGCUGGCCCCCCAAUCUCGGGUCAACCUUGAGCGGGCGGUUCGCGCCGACACGCGCAUGGGGGGCCAUUUUGUGCAGGGCCACGUGGACACGACGGCCGAGAUCGUGGACCGGCGGCCCGAUGGCAACGCCGUGACGAUGCGCUUCGCGCCGCGCAGCAAAGAAGUGCUGCGCUACGUCGUCUACAAGGGCUUCAUCGCGCUGGACGGAGCGAGCCUGACCGUGACUCACGUCAACGACGACGAGGGCUGGUGGGAGGUCAUGCUCAUUGCCUACACGCAGGAGCGCAUCGUGACGGCGGCCAAGCAGGUCGGGGACACGGUCAAUGUCGAGGUCGACAUGACGGCCAAGUACGUGGAGAAGAGCCUUCAGGGGUACUUGGCGGGAUUGGGGGCGGAGAGUGGAGGGGCUAUUCCCUUGCUUCAGAAGAUGGUGGAAACGGCUGUCGCGAAGAGAUCGGCUUAGUGUCCAGAAAAGAUGUUCAACUGAUGG